AUACGAAAAUAUAUUUUCAAAUUGAGGUUAAAAAAGGGAUACAAAUCAAAUGCAUAGAAUGAACUAUCAGAGAAAAAAUUAGGAAAUAAGUUUAUUGCAUGGUUUGGUUCAUUUGGUACAUCAAAAAAAGUGAAGAUUUUCGAGAGUUCUUCAUUAUCCAUUAUAUCCGUUCAAUUUUAUGUAUGUUUCAUCAUAAAGAUUUAGAAAAAAUUCUCAUGAAUAUUUAACUCUAUGAUGGUAAAUCACCUGUCAAUGUUUUGUUUUCAUCAUCACAUCAAACACUUAUGAAGUAUUUCUUGCAAAUUGUUUAAAUUUUUGAACCAUUUCAUUAAAUAGCCAAAUAUUUUUUCUUUACUAUUGAAUAAAUUCAUCACCACAAGCUCCAAUGUUAUUAUAUUCAAAACAAAAUCCCCAAAUCAAAUAAUGGAGAAAAUUGAAAAAACCAUUGUCAAAAACAACCAUAUAAAAAUAAUUGAAAAUUGCUCAGAGCUGGUGGAACAUAAUAAAAAUGGACUCUCUAGCUUGAGAGCUAUCACUUUCCUCCUACUAUGGUAUUUUUUUAGUGGGUGUACACUAUUUUUGAAUAAAUAUAUAUUAACAUAUUUGAAUGGAAACCCCACAGUCUUGGCUGGUUGUCAAAUGUUAAUAACUGCAUCAUGUGGAUUUCUACAGCUAUAUUUUCCUUGUGGAAUGUACAAACCUAAUCAGAGAUUACAUAAACCUCCCGGAUUUUAUAGGCAUAUGGUGCUAGUGGGUUGCACAAGGUUUUUAACUGUGGUCUUAGGUCUUGUAGCAUUGAAUUAUGUAGCUGUAAGUUUCACUGAGACAAUCAAGAGUUCAGCACCCAUGUUCACAGUAUUAAUUUCCAGAUUCAUACUUGGAGAACAAACUGGUUUAUAUGUUAAUCUGAGUUUAUUGCCUGUAAUGUCGGGACUUGCAUUAUGCUCUAUUAAUGAAGUUAGUUUUGAGAUUAGAGGAUUUAUUGCGGCAAUGGCAACCAAUUUAACAGAAUGUUUACAAAAUGUUUAUUCUAAGAUGUUAAUAUCAGGAGAUAAAUUCAAAUAUACACCUGCUGAAUUACAGUUUUAUACCAGUCUUGCCAGUAUCAUUGUACAAAUACCUGCAUCAUUACUCCUAGUAGAUCUUCACAAUACUGAAGAUGUGACAUUUAGUACUACUUUCUACUAUGUAUUAAAUGGAGUUUUCUUCCAUUUUCAAAGCAUCACAGCCUAUGUUUUGAUGGACUAUAUAAGCCCAGUGACUCAUAGUGUUGCUAAUACUGCAAAAAGAGCAUUUCUGAUAUGGUUAUCAGUUUUAAUGUUUGGAAAUCCAGUAACAAUGCUCAGUGGCUUAGGUACAAUUAUAGUUAUAACUGGAGUUUUCAUGUAUAUAAAAGCACAACAAUACGAUGAUAAUAAGACAUCUAUUUUAUUACAAAGGAAAGUCAGGGCAAUAUAGUAUUAACGUUUCACUUUCAAAAUAAUAAAUGUGAUACACAAUCUUGUCAAUUCUACAGAAUCUGUUGUUUUACUUCAAAGAAGUUUUAUUGAAAAAUUUUCCUUUUAUUAUUAUUCUUAUUAUUAAUGGCAGUGUACAUAACUUUCAUACCUGAAUUUGAAUUUUUCAAAUGUUAGCAAGAGAAAUUCAUGAAAGAAAACAAAAGUCUCAUCUUAAAAAAAUAUUUCAUUGACAAAUUGUAUUGAAUUAAAAGUGUAAUGAAUUUUUGCAGGAUUAAUUGAAUCUUAAAUUCUUAAAAAAUGAUUAAAUCACUCUGCCAAUUCAUACAUACAGUUAUGUAAUUAUUUUACUUUUUGUAAUAAAUAUUUUAGUGCUCAUCUUGAGUAUACAUAUAUUAAUUUAUAAUAUAGUUUUAUAAACUAAUCUUGGAAUUUAAAAUAGUUCUAAACAAUUCAAUGUGUUCUUAGAAUUCAGAUUAUAGCGAAAGAAUUCUCUGAAAAUAGGAAAGGAAAGUAAACAUAAUUUUUAGGGUUUUCACUGCAUAUAUAUUCAGUUAUGUUAUUUAAGAUGAGUAACUGAAAUUAUAUAACAUGGUAAUGAUCAUUUUUUCUGCAUAGUGUGUUUUAUGUGGAGAACAUUUCAUUGUUAUAUCAAUACUGAUUGUUGAAUCACCUGAAAAUUAAUAUUCAGUUUUGAAAGUCCCAAGUAUACUGAUCCUCUGACAUUAUUUCAUGAGAUGAUCGUGAAACAAAUGAAUCUCGUUUUUAUUUAUACAAUUUUUAUAGUAAUUUUAUAUAUUUUGACUGUAUUUGAAUCUGUAGCUUUGCAUAAUUCAAUUUAUUUAAGGUGCCAAUAGAUAUGUUAUUAAGAAGUCAUUUGAAUUUGAUUAUUCAGCUUUCAGAUCUAAAAAUAUUCCAUGAAUAUGGUAUUUUGGAGAACCAUACUAAAAUGAAUUUCAUGAUAAUCUUAUUAGAAGAUAUCAUUCAAUUUCAAAAAAUUCCAAAAUAUUGAUGGACUUGAAAGCAUGAUUUUCAAUUAUGUCAUCACUAAUUUCACUAUUUUGAUUCAGUAGUUUUAACAUUCUAAACUGCCCAACAUUCCACAUACCAAUUUACAUAUCAUUCGACCAUAUACGAUAUUUCUAUUUAGUACAUACAAAAUCUUCACUUUUAGGAAAACUAAAGGUACUAAUCUGGUGAAUAAUUACUAAAAAUAUAUAUCAAAGUUUUUUUUUAAACAAUUAAUCACAGCAAUAUCAAAUAAAAUUUUUUAUUCAGAACAAUCACUUCAUUCUCAAAGGUAUUUCACAGUCUGUUCUAAACUUUCUAUGGAAUAGUGGUCAUUUACUUAUAGCAGAACUUGACUUGAAAAAUUAUUUACAUUAUGUGAUUUCUAUAAUAACAUAAGAUGUACUUACUAGUUUCUAUAAGCAAAUUGAAUUCCAAACGAAUACAUUGGUAAUGAAUUUAAUUGUGUAAAUAUUCCCGUUAUGUAUAUAAUUGAAUUGUUGUUCUUUCGUUUUAUAUGGAUUACGACCAAUCAGUGUGGCAUUUGUUAUAAAUAAUUAGAUGUUUAAAAGAC